CGGUAUUUAUUUUUAAAUUUCUGUAAACGAUAUUGGUUGUAGUUAGUACAAUGGAGCAAAACGAUUUAAGUCCAUUUUCUCCAAGAAGUCCAUUUACUUCUAGGAGUCGACAAAAUGUGACUUCUAAAAGGCUAAUGCCUGUAAACUUUAGAAAAUCAUCGAGAUUCAGUGUCUCCGGAAAAUCCACACAAUCAUUACAAAUAAUAUUAAAGUCUUCACAAAACUAUGUGGAGAGAUUUGGUCAACCACUACCAGUUUUAAUCACAGAGGCCUUAACUUUUGCAGACCGUGUAGCUAGAGGUCCAACAUUUGAUCAUUCCAAAUUAGCAGAGGCCAGAGAGACAGGUAGCGCCGUUGUUUCGGCGCGAAUUUCAGAAUGCGGAUAUGUUUGGGUUGUGUGUGGUCGACGCCUCCUAAUCUGGCAGUACCGACAGACUGCAGAAAAUCCUGGCACUCCAACGAAACGGAAUUUAAUGACCCAGUGUUUCGAACUGCAGCUCCCCCAGAGUGACCUGGCCCAUCGGGCGGAAUUGGUGUCCGUUUUCUUACCACACGGACACAACAUUCCAGCUUGUAUAGCAGUGUCGCCAGAAGGAGUUGUUAGGUAUUGGCCGGCCAUCGCACAUGACGGUGUUACUGUGGAGAAAUCUAUCGAUCUUCAAGGGCAAGAAUGUGAUAGUUUAACAGAAGUGGAAGGUUUGGGUUGUAUUUUGGCAACUACUACAUGUACCAUAGUCCUAGUGCAGCCGACGUCGGUCGGUGGAAGGCACAGUUUGGAGAACAAACCUCUUGGAACUCCCAAUGGAUGGCUCGGAGGUAUUAGUAAGCGAAUGUCGUCGUUAAUUUUUGGACCUAUCUCCACAGAACAGUCCACUGAACCGCGGUUGGUUAGAGUAUUGAGUGUUACCAAUAAGGAAGACAACACGUGGACGGUUUACGUUUUGGCCGGUCACUCGCUACAAAAGUGGUCUUUAUCAGAUAGGGACACUGAGAACUUAGUGUUUUAUGCUGAAUUAAAUCGUUUAGUCAGGGACAGCUUUCACAACGCUGUUUGGGAUAACUGUAUUGGUGAUCAGACCGACAUUGAUACUUGGCUGUUAGAUAUUCAACCUGACAAUGACGGUAUUCUCAUUUUGGCUGCCGCGGUUAACAUGCAAAUGUCUCCUCAGGUUCACUAUGCAAUGAUUUCCAUAGCUACUGCUGGUACCCAAGCUCCAACCAGUAUCAGAAAUUUUAUGUUGCUUAAAAUAUCAUCUAUGUACAAUGAAGAUAAUCCCGGAGACGCCCUCUUAUAUAGAUUCUUGUAUUGUGGCAAUCAAGUGUAUUUGUACAAUCAAAAAAGCAUUACUGUGGUGAAACAGCAGCAAGAUCCAGAUGUUCUUGAGUUCAAUUCUCCUAAAGACUUCUUACUAGGUGGGUCAAUCUGUGUGAAUACACCAGUGUUCUUUUCGAGGAACAGCGGUCUGGUUUCCGUCUCAUCCAACGAAUUUAAUUGUGAUUUGUUGAAUGUUAGUCAAAAUGUCAGUUUGUUGGCUGUGGCUGACACUUCGUCCAACGAAUCUGUAGGCAUUACCAACAAUAACCUUUCUGUCUACAAUAUGGACCCCGAAGAAUUAUAUGAGGCUUACAAGGAUUCUUUAAGUCAGUUGAAGGCGGCGUUCAUCUUUUAUGUUCAGAACCAACAGGGCGCCUGUGAAGAAAUUCUCAGCGUAUUGUAUCCCAUUGAGACGACUUCAACUCCCACUAUUGAUUCAUUGCUAGAUAAAACUGUUAUAAAAAUUUGUAAUGAUCUUUUGGAUGAUAUUCCUGCCAAAGAUCCCAGAUGGACAGAUAACGCAACCUUAGGCAUAGGAAGCUCUUAUUAUAUGCAAAUUUUGCCCCAAUUAGAAGACAAGCAAAAGGCGUUUUCUUUGUUUUUGCGAUUCUUAAAAGACACUGGUUUAUGGCAACGGCUGGCUGCCUGUUCAAUAAGAGAUACUGUGAUGCCAACUAUUCAAAUUUUAGCCGAGUUGUCCGAGAAGAUCAUCGCGGCGAUCAUACUAAAAAGUUUGCCCGUCAGCUUAAUCUUGGAGAAUGCUAUAGAGAAUGCAAUUAAGGAUUCAGAUAUUGAAAGAGACAAUGGACUUACCAAUCAAGAUAUUUUUUAUAGAGAAGUUAGCAAAGUGGAGAAAUGCAUACAAGAACUGGCUAACUUGUCUGAGGACGUGGCACACUCGAAUUUAAAUCCAGAAGAAAUUGUCCAACACAUCUAUGAUAGCAACGAAAUUAUUCUUACCGUUUUAAAUGAAGUGAUCCAAUACAGACUUCAACGUGCCGACACCUUUGCCCUUAACGAGGUCGGCAAAUCUUUGCAAACGGAGUACAUACCUUGGACAGCAGCUAGCGAUUCUGAGGGUCUAAUGGAUGCUCUCCUGUUACAGCAUUCGCUGACUUUCACCUAUGGCAUGAAAUUGUCUAGCUCUUCACAGCUAAAAAGUGACUUAGUGGAACAAUUUGUUGCGUUAACAGAUUUAAUUUUGGAUGGAAGAAAGUCAUAUUUGGAAAGCAUACGCGGCACUGACAGAGAAGCUGCGAUUUAUAAACAAUAUUGUACAGAUAGACACAAGUUGAUAAAGCCACUUUUACAAGACAACGAAUAUGAAAAAGCCGCCCAACUUGCCGAAAAGUAUUUGGAUUUUGAGACUUUGGUCAUAAUUUGCGAUAACACCGAUAACAAUCAACGUCUCGAUGAAUACAUCGAUCGUUUCAGGCAAGACGGUUUUGCAGAGUACAUGUACAAUUGGUUUUUCAAGGAAAACAAACAGGGCAAACUAAUCGAUAGAUACCGUCAAGUAGGCAAGUCGGAUAAUUUACAGACACUUACCAAAUUUUUGUCAGAUCAUCCCUCUUUGUCUUGGAUGCAACACAUAUUUGACAAAAAGUUUGCAGUGGGUGCUGAUACGUUAAACAAUUUGGCCUCCACGGAAGUAGAUUCCUUAGAUAAAUAUAAAACUUUAUUGAGUAUGAGUAAACUGGCAAAACUUGCUGGACCCAACACUGCGGAUGUUGAUAAAUAUGUUGAUGCUAUCAAUAAUAAAUUGAAAUUGGUUGGUUAUCAGAAAAAUUUGCCUGGUUAUGUUUUACAAGGGCAUGGUUUUGAUGUGAUAAACCCGGGGGUGAUUUCCGCCAAAGAUAUAAUCAAUUUGUAUAUUAGUUCCGAAUACACAGAUGCUACAGAAGUAGAGUUUAGGAGUGCAUUGGAAAUGCUUAAAUAUAUAACGGAUUACGAGUUACGACAGGAAUUAAACGUGAAGAUUUGGUGUAACGCAAUUCUUAGAGAUACUUGGGACUACAAAAAUUUGAAUGAACCUAUGGCUGUUUUGCAAAGUACUCUAUUUUUUAAAAUCAUCGAAUUAUGUUUAGCGUUAGGUGCUGAUCCUAGUAACUUGUUACCUCCUUUGGAUCUGUUAACUGAUGGUCUCACAAAGUUGGAGGAUAAUACAAACUUCCAGUUUUUGAUAAAAACUGCGUACGAUCAUUUAGAUCAUGUGCAAGUAGUUGACAACUAGUAUCAAAUUUCUUAUUUUUAUACUGUUCUUAAUUUAAUAUUAUAUAAUAAUUUAAUAAAUAAAACUAUAAUUAGUAAGAAA